GAGCAAGUCUUUCAUGUUCAGUGCUCUGUACGCCGCCCUGGUGUUUGGAGGUCAGCACCACAUGAAGACUCGAGCCAAACUGAACCUACGAGUGCCGCUCGUCCUCUGGUCUCUGAGCCUCGCCGUGUUCAGCAUCAUCGGGGCGGUUCGGACUGGUUCCUACAUGUUUCACAUCCUGAGCUCCUGUGGCUUCAAGCACUCCAUCUGUGACCAGAGCUUCUACAUCGGACCGGUCAGCAAAUUCUGGGCCUACGCCUUCGUUCUCAGCAAGGCUCCAGAACUCGGAGACACAGUGUUCAUCGUGCUCAGGAAGCAGAAGCUCAUCUUCCUGCACUGGUACCACCACAUCACCGUGCUGCUCUACUCCUGGUACUCCUACAAAGACAUGGUGGCUGGUGGCGGCUGGUUUAUGACCAUGAACUACUCGGUGCAUGCGCUCAUGUACAGUUAUUACGCGGCUCGUGCCGCCGGGCUGCGCGUGCCCCGCCCCUUUGCUGUGCUCAUCACCAGUGCUCAGAUAGCUCAGAUGGGCAUGGGGCUGACUGUGAGUGGGCUGGUGUACAGCUGGAUGCAGCAGGGUAACUGCCACUCCCACCUGGACAACAUCACCUGGGCCACGCUCAUGUACCUGAGCUACCUGCUGCUCUUCUCCAACUUCUUCUACCACACGUACGUGCGCUGCCACGCCAAGACCACCAAGACUGACUGAGCGCAGGGAUUAGUCUGAUUCCAGACUGCUGAAGCUGCUGCAGACAUUUAAAAAUCAGCAAAAGCUUUCUGAAACACACUUCAUCAGUUUCAUGUCUUCAGAUGAAUGUUAAGAAUCAUGUAGUUGUUUAAAUGUGGAAUAUUUGAAAAUGAGGGUAUAAAUAUGAACUUUUUAAAUACACAAACACUAACUUGCGUAUGGAGGAGUACACAACCUGUCAGUAACUUUCCCAGUAUAUUUGUUUGAAGGAAUAUAUUUGGACUGGUGUUCAGGUGAAACUGCAUGGAUGAAAAUGUGACACUAACUCAGGACAGAUGUUUUCCUCCACUGGUUGAACUGGUUUUACUGCUGUAAGACCUGCUGACAUCAGACUCAGGAAAUGUUUUAAAACCUGUUGUAAAAUAAUUAAAAGCAGCAAACUUGUCACAAUGAAGCAAAAACAUUUGAUUUAAUGACUUCAGUUGUAUGAAUGUCAGAAUGUAGCUUUACAGUGUACAUACAUGACUGUUAACAGGACAAAUGACUUGAUUGUACCCCCCCCCCCCCYCUUUAAAAUCAGUUUGUAAAUCGCAGGUUGAUGACAGAAGUUUUCAUAUUUUCUAGAAACAUUUUGGGCAGCUGAAUUUGAUUUAAUUAUAACAUGUAUGAUGGUGAACAUGUCAGAAUUUGAAGAAAAGAGCAGCAGAAUUCUGAAAAAGCUGUGACUUSAUAAAAUGACAGGAUUAUUCACUGCAUGAACAAAGUAUUUGGGACUCGAUGUUUUUAAAAAUGGUCCACAUACAAGUGGAAAAUAUGGAUGUUUUUAUGUUUAACAUUUAUUUAUUGUGAGAUUGUAAUAAAAAGUUAAUUGUUACUUGUCUCCAUUUUCCGUACCUUUAGUUGAAAUUUAUGUUGACCUAUUUGAUGGGCCCAAAGCUUCAGUUUUUUGAGUUUUUGUAAAUAAAUUUGAACCAUGUUUUCAUAAA